AAGCAACAUUUCUAAACCAGUAAUGUCUUUUUAACAGACAUAAUAACCUCUUUGAUUUGCCUAUAAUUUGUAUCGUUAUGCAAUCAAUUUAUUUGGAUUGCAAAACCAUGGUUCUGCAAAACCAUUGCACACUUCGAAUUAAAAUUGGUUUAAAAACUCUACUCUAAUCAUCGAUGCAGAGCAGUAAUAAGAUACUAGCGUAAGGGAAAGCAGUUCUAAUAUCGCCCUAUAUUGUGUAUAAAGUUGAACAGUGCACCAUGGCGACAUUCGUUAGUUUUGUUACUAAAAACUAUAAUGAUUUAUUUUUUAAGCGAAGAGACGAACGUAGCGUUCACCUUCCCUUGGCUGGAUCGCCUUUAUUCAUCAUAGGUAUUGUUUGUACAUAUUUAUGCUUCGUCCUACAGUAUGGACCGCGGCACAUGUUAAAUCGAAAACCAUAUAAUGUUCUGAACAUGAUUAAGAUCUACAAUCUAAUUCAAAUGAUUGCUAAUAUUACGCUAUUUCUACAUAUUUGUUAUAACGUAUUCCUAUUGUACGAUAAUUUUUCAUUCCGUUGUCAACCGAUCGACUACUCAAUAUCUAGAGUAGGGAUGGAUGAAGUGUACUUUAGCUACGCUUAUUUCUUACUCAAGCUGCUCGACUUAGCCGAUACGGUGUUUUUUGUCUUAAGAAAAAAACAGUCCCAUGUUUCAUUUUUACAUGUCUAUCAUCAUUCAUUUAUGGUACUUACUACAUAUUGUGCUCUAGUAUUCGUUCCAGGAGGUCAUGUUUUGCUGCUAGGUCUUUGGAAUACACUAGUUCAUGCAAUAAUGUAUUUUUAUUAUUUUCUUUCAUCGCUAGGAGCACAAAACCAUAGCAUAUGGUGGAAAAAAUACCUAACUAGAUUGCAGUUAAUUCAGUUUAUUCACCUAGCUUUUCAUUUUGGACGUCCUUUACUCAGUGGCAAUUGUAAUUUUCCGAAAUUUUGGCUUUGGUAUGGCUUUUUACAAGCAAUUUUUGUACUUGGAUUAUUUUUGGACUUUUAUAUCAAGACUUACAAUAAAACAGAUAAAUCUAUAACAAGUCAGCGUCAUUGUGAAAAAAAACGCAAAAUAGAAUAGAAAAAAGACUGCUACGAAAAUAUCGUUGUUUAACCGAUGCAAUAGGCCUUACACAAAAAGCUUCCUGAAUCACUAGCUGAAAGAUAGAUAUGUAUAAUAUAUUACCAAUGCCAUCAUCCAUAUAUUAAAUUCAGUACAUAUUGCUCUCAAACUGUAUACAUUGUACGGAAGUAUAUACACAUACGGUCUUUGGUAGGCCUCCUUCAUACUGAAACAAUAUGCUUUCUGUUCAGCUCUGGAACAAAGCCUAAUCGUCUUUGUAUCUUAGUGCCUCUUUGGCCGUGUCUUUUUGUGUGUGUUGCGUACAGCGAAUCUCGUAGCAUUGGGCAUAUGAAGUGUUAUACUAAUUUCUUGAUUUUUUUCUGUAGUGAGACAUAAUAUGUAAAAUAUUGUCAAUAUUAUUUGGUUUUAAGAAGCAAAAUACAAUUUGAGGACAUUAUUAAUUUUUUAA